AUGUUGGAGGGUCGUUCCUGUGUUGUUCCGAGGUUGUUUUGUAAUAGUUGUGAAACGGAGAACGAUUGGUCUUACAUGAAGUACAUGCUGGAUUUGGAUAUUAAGAAUGGCAAGAGACCGAUGGAAAUUGAUGAUGCUGAGGAUGAGGAUGAGCUUCAUCCUAAGAAGUGUACUAAGAUGUUGGAAUCUUGUCAUAUAGUUGAAACGGUUCGUCUUUCGUUUCAGCAGAAUAAGGAUUCUGUUCUUCCUGGAAUAGAUCAGGAAAUCGUUGAACCUGUGGAUGUUUGUCAAGGGGUGAACUCCGGUGAUUCAAUGAAUUCAUUGGAUUCUGGCAUUCAGCAAUCUGAUGAGGAGCAGCAGGCUGGAGAUUCGUCGGAUUCUGGUUCACUUUUACCGCGGAUGAACCGAGACAGCUCGAUUGCUUGUCUCAGCCGCUGUUCAAGGUCUGAUUAUGGUUCGCUUGCUUCUCUUAAUAGAAGCUUUCGGAACAUAAUCCGUAGUGGCGAGCUCUACACAUGGAGGAGACUGAAUGGUAUCAUGGAACAUUGGGUUUAUUUCUCAUGUGCCCUCCUUGAAUGGGAAGCCUAUGAUCCGAUUCGCCAAAGAUGGAUGAUUUUGCCGAGGAUGGCUUCGAAUGAAUGCUUCAUGUGUUCUGAUAAGGAAUCUUUAGCUGUAGGAACUGAACUUCUUGUGUUUGGGAGGGAGCUAAGAUCUCACGUGAUUUAUCGGUACAGUCUUUUGACUAACUCGUGGUCAUCAGGAAUGAGAAUGAAUGCUCCAAGAUGUUUGUUCGGCUCUGCAAGCCUCGGUGAGAUUGCGAUAUUAGCAGGUGGUUGUGAUUCCGAGGGACGUAUACUCGACUCAGCCGAACUAUACAACUCGGAGGCGCAAACAUGGGAGCUACUCCCGAGUAUGAAAAAACCAAGGAAGAUGUGUUCUGGUGUAUUUAUGGAUGGAAAAUUUUAUGUUAUAGGUGGAAUCGGCGGCCGCGAUUCCAAGCUUCUUACUUGCGGGGAAGAGUACAAUCUACAGACUAGAACAUGGACGGAGAUUCCUAACAUGUCACCCGGACGAAGUAGUAGAGGUUCUGAUAUGCCUGCUACAACCGAGGCACCGCCUCUUGUUGCCGUUGUAAAUAACGAAUUGUACGCCGCUGAUUAUGCUGACAUGGAAGUUAAAAAGUAUGACAAGGAAAGAAAACUGUGGAAUACCAUUGGGAGACUUCCGGAACGAGCGGUCUCGAUGAAUGGCUGGGGUCUUGCAUUUCGAGCAUGUGGAAAUCGGCUUAUUGUUAUCGGUGGACCAAGGACUCAUGGUGAGGGAUUCAUUGAGCUCAAUUCUUGGGUGCCUAGUGAAGGACCUCCACAAUGGCGUCUACUCGAUCGAAAACAACGAUCCGGUAACUUUGUUUAUAAUUGUGCUGUGAUGGGUUGUUGA